UUGGCAGCAUAUUUAUACAGUAUGAUAAUAAUCAGAGCACAUGUAUGUAACACAAUGCCAGGUAUACGGUGUCGAACACCGUAAUUACAAAAGAGUCCUCGAUGAAUCAAGAAUCUAAUUUCCGAAAAAAUAGAAAAAUAUGGGUAUAACAGUAAUAUGAGUACGAACCAUUUGUUGCCGAUCAUCGAUCAAAACACCGUACUCCUCAACGUCCAUGGUUUUGCUUCGUACGAAUUUGAAGCUUCAACUAGCGUCAGGCAACUCAACGAUAACGUUCAAUUCCAACGGGUUUUCGAUUGUCACAAUCGCCGAUUAAACCCUCUCAUCAUUGCAACAUUCAAGUAAUUCGCAGCUUCAGAAGUUAACUACACUUUCAAAAGAGCGCCAGAAGGAAUUUAUAUUCUAUCAAGACUUUAAGAUGUGUUGGAACUAGUGCAAUGGCAACAUCUAGCAAGUUUGAUCCAUCUUCCAAUAGCCCAGACAGACCUUUGUACACUGGGCAGCGUGGAUCCCACUUAGCAGCUUCAUUAGAUAGAUCAGGUAGCUUUCGAGAAUGCACGGAGAAUCCAAUUCUGUCUUCUCUGCCCAACAUGUUGAGAAGUAGUUCCCCAGCAACACAUGGGGAUGUGGAGAGCUUCUUCAAUUAUGUACAUUUUGACCCAAAGUUGUUGGUGCUAGAUCCUAAGUCUAAUCGUCAUAUGGAUUAUAAGCGACAUGUUAAUGCUGCUCUUGGAAUUUCACCUGAUGAAUCUCCAUCAAGUGCUGCAAAAGGAAAGCUACCUCCAUCGCCAGUACCAGAAGACGUCAAGCGUCUGAGGGAUAAUUUGUAUGCAAACAAUGUGAAGGCGAGGGAACGUGGGAAAAUGUUCAACGAGGCAUUAUCUGUAUUCAAUGAAGUUUUCCCCACUGUAACUUUGAAGAAGAGAUCUCGAGUUGAAGGCUUCUCCAACGACCGUUCUAGUGUCAUGUCGAAUGACCGCUCAGUCUUGGGGCCAAGCAUGGGUAAGGUUGGCGUUCAAGGUCAUCCCGUUACAGGUGCUUUUGAACUAGAUCAGCAAAAGUCGGAAGAAAGGACCAAAAAUCUCAUUCCAAACAAGCGCACUCGAACUUCUAUGGUUGAUUUAAAGAUGGAUGUGCGAACCAAUUCUCUUGUCAGACCAUCGGGGAUUGUUGAUAGAGAUAAGGAAAAGCUACGAAAUGCCAAUAAUGGUCUAGUUCAGAGUGAAGAGCGAACAUUACCUAUUGGGGGCGAGGGUUGGGAAAAGUCAAAAAUGAAGAAGAAGCGUUCCUGCAUCAAACUAGAUGGUUCUCCAAGUACUACAUCGAAUAAACCUGUUAAUGGUUUCCAGGAAACUAAACAGGGAAUGCAACAAAGACUUGCUGCUGAUUCUCGGUCGAAAUUGAGUAACGAUUCUAAUUCCUUUAGGCUGGGAGUUUCUAAUGGAACUGUUGCUGCUGGCAAAUCAGAUGGAACCUCUCAACAGACUGGAUUGGGUAUACGUACUCCUACCCAUAGAAAUGAACAAGAUAAUAAUUCCCUUGUCAAUGAUAAGCGGGGUCGACCUGUUAGUUCAGACAAGGAGAGGGUGAGCUUCAGAGCUGUUAACAAAGCAACUGUUCGUGAUGAAUUUAAUUCAGCUAGCCCUACCUCAAGUACAAAAAUGACUACUGCUAUUAGGGCUCCACGAUCAGGUUCCGGAGUUGCCCCCAAGUUGUCACCAAUUGUUCAUAGAACAGCUGUUUCUAAUGAUUGGGAGCUUUCUCAUUGUGCUACAAAACCUCCAGCUGGUGUUAGUAGUACUAACAAUCGCAAACGUGCGGCGUCAGCACAGUCAUCUUCCCCUCCUGUUGUCCCCUGGCAGAGGCCACAAAAAAGCUCCCGCACUGCCAGAAGAACAAGCUGUGUGCCCGUUGUUUCAAGUAACGAUGAUUCCCCUGCUGUGGAUGUUGUCUCUGAUGUGGCUGGUAAUGAUGUUGGGUUAGCAUUUGCAAGACGCCCAGCUGGCAGUUCUCCUCAACAAAUUCGUUUAAAAGGUGAACCUUCACCUUCAGCAGCUUUAUCUGAAAGUGAAGAGUCUGGGGUGGGUGAGGUUAAACCAAAAGAAAAGGGCAGGAAACCGGAAGAGAUAGAUCUGAAAGCUGUACAAACAGUUCCAAAGGUGUCUAACUUGGUAACUAGAAAGAGUAAGCUUGUUUCUGGAGAAGAACUUGGAGAUGGUGUUCGGAGGCAAGGCAGGACGGGGCGCGGUCUCAAUGUCACAAGGUCACUGGCACCAAUGACAUCUGAGAAGCUUGGAAAUAUGGGAACUGCAAAACAACUUAGAAGUGCAAGAAUAGGAUGUGAUAAGAAUGAAAGCAAGGGGGGUCGUCCACCAACAAGGAAACUUUCUGAUCGUAAGGCCUAUGCUCGUCAAAAGCCUACUGCCAUCAGUGCAGCAGCAGACUAUUUUGUUGGGUCAGAAGAUGGACAUGGGGAGCUAUUGGCUGCUGUAAAGGGUGUUAUCAACUCUGCGUAUAGCUUCUCCAGUCCAUUUUGGAAGCAGAUGGAACCUUUCUUCAGUUUGAUAUCUGAAGAAGAUAUUACUUACUGGAAGCAGAAGGUUAAUCUUGAAUCAAGCACUCUGACGUCAACUCCAUUUCCUUCAAAUAUAUAUGGUUGCAAAACCAUUGUUAAUGGAUAUGGGUUGAUUGGCUGCAAAAGAAAUGUCAUGAAUGAUGCUAUGAACACAGAAAAGUUGCCACUACCCAAGGGAGAUCAUAAUGUGGUACCUCUUUGUCAAAGGCUUAUAGCUGCUUUAAUCUCUGAGGAAGAUCGUAAUGGUGGAAAUGAAAGUUUCAACUUUGAUGCAUACAAUACUGAAUCCGAGCCUGAUGGAGAAUUGGAAUUGAGUGGCUUUGGUCACCGCUCACUAACUAAUUUUCAGUUUGCUUGUCAUUCCACUUAUAAUGAUAUGAUCGAUAUUCCUAAUUUUGGGUUGAAUCCAAGCUUUGCCAACUCAGUAAAUGGUUUUCUUCAUGAUAAAACAUUAAUGUCUAGUUUGGCCUGUUCAGAGUUGCAGUACAAUAGCUUGGGUAUAAAUGAUAAGCUUCUAUUGGAGCUUCAAAGUAUUGGACUUGCCCCAGAACCAGUGCCUGAAAUGGUGCAAGAAGAUGAUGAAACAAUAUUGGACGAUAUUACGAGGUUAGAUGAGCUUUACCAAGGACAGGUUUCCAAGAGGAAAGACUUGCUAGAUGGAUUGUUGAAAUCUGCGUCGGCAGCAAGAGAACUUCAGGAAAAGGAUUUUGAUCAACGUGCUCUAGAUCAACUUGUUGUGACGGCUUAUGAGAAAUACACGGCUUGUCGGGGUUCUAGUGCCUCGGGUGGGAAAAAUGCAAGUACCAAAAUGGUCAGGCAAGCUGCAUUGGCAUUUGUUAAAUGGACAUUGGAGCGAUACCACCAAUUUGAAGAUACAGGCAAGAGCUGUUUCAGUGAGCCUUUGUUCAAGAAUAUGUUCCUUUCUGCUACUUCCCAGCAUAGUAUUGUUCGACAAUCAGAUGGAAUGGAGGCGGAUCCCUCAAAACCACACACUUCUUCUUCCCUGUCUCUUGAAACAAGAUCAGCUUCCAUUGGUUCACAGCAGAGCCCGUCACAAUUUUGUCAGAAUAAGGAUAAUCUUGAUCUCGGUUCAUCAGAUAUGCUUCCUGCUUUAAAUCAUUCAUCUGAACAAACCAGUGGCAAGGAAGAUUUAUGGUCAAACAGGGUGAAGAAGAGGGAAUUGUUCCUUGAUGAUGUGGGGGGUACUCAAGGCAAUUCAAAUGUGCCGGGCAUUGGAAGUUCUUUAACAAGUAGUGCAAAAGGAAAGCGAAGCGAGAGGGAAAGAAACGGAACUACCAAAGUUGGUAGGCCAGCAUCAUCCAGUGCUAAAGGAGAAAGAAAAUCCAAAGCAAAGCCUAAACAGAAAGCAACUCAGCAUUCUGUUUCUGUAAAUGGCCUCCUUGGCAAGUUGUCAGAGCAACCAAAGCCAGCAUUGCCUUCUGUUUCAAAGUCUAAUGAAAUGCCUAGUAAUAGAAACGCCAAUGAAAAGGGUGAGUUUGGUUUGGGUGGAUUGGAAGAGCCUAUUGAUUUGUCCAACCUGCAGCUACCUGGAAUGGAUGUGCUUGGUGAUCCCGGUGACCUUGCUGACCAAGGUCAAGAUAUUGGUUCCUGGUUGAAUAUUGAUGACGAUGGAUUACAUGAUGAUUUUGACUGUAUGGGCCUUGAAAUUCCCAUGGACGACCUUUCAGAUUUGAAUAUGAUGGUUUGAAGCUGCUUUCUUUGUAUAGAGUUCAUUAUUAUACCAAUAACAAAGGAAACAAAGUACUCUGAAGAAAUAACCAGUUACAUAGGAUGGUUUGAUGGCUAAUUAUGUCUACAAUUAGGUUAUAUAGAUUCUUUGGUAAGUUAUUCUCUCCAAGUUGUUUUUGAGUGACGUUUCUAGCUUUUUUGGGUUUUGCUAGUGCUCAAGUCCGUGGCUUCCACUGUAAAGAUCUUUUUUUCCUAGGUAGAAGUUAGUAUUCCUAGCGAUUAUUAUAUGUUAGAAACACUAUUCUGGUUGUAGCUCUUACAAGUCAGAGAACAAGGCCUCAUGUACAUACAUUUAAUUUUUAUAAUAAAACCAGCUUUAUCAUUUGCGGGCU